AUGUCAAGCUUAUUCCCAGAUGUUAUAAUCUCUAACAUUCUUUCUCGGUUGCCCGUGAAAUCAGUCUUACGAUUCAGGUGCGUUUGCAAGUCUUGGUGUCGAUUAUUCCGUCACCCCAAAUUUAUCAAGUUACAUUUAGAUCAUGAAACUGAAAAAGAAAAUUUUAGUCUCCUGUGGGAUUAUCAAGGCAAGAUUUGCUCCACAGACUACAAUUAUGAAUGUUCAUUGUCGUCGUUGUCAUCAUUACUGUAUAAUGAAACUGUUAAUGUAGAUUGCUCUAUUGAUUUUAAUGAUUUGCUCCGGAUGGGCUUAAUGUUAAUUAAUAAUUCUUGUAAUGGAGUAGUUUGCUUGACUGCUCCCGGUAUAGUUAUCCUCUGGAACCCAUCCACAAGAGAAUCCACCAGGAUAAUUUCACGUAGGGAUGCGUUUAUUGGUUUUGGUUAUGAUUCUGAUAUUGGUGAAUUCAAGAUGGUAGAACUUUCAAGAAUCAAUCCCAUGAUUCCGACAAAAAGAAAAAGAAAUGGCGUAGGAUCUUCACAUUAUUCUGACUGGGAGAAUUGUCUCCGGGUGUAUUCAUUUGAAUCAAAUUCAUGGAAAGUCAUUCCAAAAGUCUCUUACAAAAUUACUUCUUAUGAGAUUGUAUUUUUCAAAGGAGCUUUCCAUUGGUUGGCAAGGCCCUGCGAUGGCUCCAAACAAGUUCUAGUUUCUUUUCUGAUGAAAGAUAAGAGAUUCCAGGAAGUGCUACUACCACAACAUUUUUAUCAGGAUAAUACAACUUUAAGUGCUACAAGAGUAGGUGUCGUGGGAGGAGUUCUUGCUUUAAUCCAUACUGUGUACAAUAUUCGAACAGAAAUAUGGUUGAUGAAGGAAUUCGGAGGAAUUAAUUCUUGGACUCAACAUUGCUUCAUCAACCUACGGAUAAUUCGUGAACAUCCCAUUGCACGAUUGACUGUUAUGCGGUCUUUCAAGAAUUGUGAGUUACUGCUUCAAAUGUAUCCUCCUAGUCAGGAUGGUACACGUCUGUUUUUAUAUGACCCUAAUCAGGGAAAGGGCAGAGCUGUAGAUAUCCAUGAUAUGCCACAGAAAUUUAAGAAGCAACAUUCUCCUAUCAAUUCUUACAUCAGAACCUUGACUUGGGUAGGUUCCAAUACUUCAGAAGAAGCAACUCAAAGGAAGAUGACACUUAGGAGCUGGACCAAGAGGCAUUUGCAGCAAUAA